AUGGAUGUAUUGUUUGUCGGCUUUCAAGGGGUCAUAAGACACAUUGGGAAGCUUGCCCUUGUCCAGAGACACAACCCAGAUCAAUGUGGAGUAGCCAAUAGCAGAAAUGGCACCAACAAGAGACACUCCAUGCAAUGGAGUUCAAGUUGGGCAGCUGAGAAAGAAUCGAAGCUACGACUGUAA